AUGGCGCAGCCCUCGCCCGUGCCGCUCGCGCCUGCCAACGGCGCGUCGUCGGCAUCGCCCGACCCCCCCAGCGACCACUCGCAGCUGUCUGUCCCUGGCAAGCGGAAACGCGACGACGACGGCGGCGAGGCGCCCGCCCAACAGCAGGAGACGACGACUGCAUCCGACGACUGGGAGGGGAAAAAUUCAGAAGAACUACUCAAGUAUUACCUUCAGGUUCUGACUAGGCUCGAUAUCGACAAGGCGAUCCUGACGCGUGUACUACCCGAAAUUCAAACAGACGAAGAGCCUCAAAUCAAGCGCCAAAAAUCCAGCGAACCUUCGACGCGCUCCACCAUCAGCGACAAGUUUGCCGCCAAAUCCUACCAGACCAUCGACGAUGUCGCCGCCGACGUCGCCGUAGCCGUCAACGAGGCCUUGAAAGAUGUCGAUCCAUCGGAGAACCCCAAGGAGGCUGUGCGUCUGAGGGAAUUCAAACGCAAGGCCCUCAAGUACGCCGCGCAGGAGAGAGCAUAUCCCCAGGUCAAAGCGGAACCUCAGGCGGACCCGGAAACCGCCUUCCAAGAGGGCUCAUCGGUUCUGUCUAUCGUCGGCUUCGCGCCGCAAGAACGGAGAUUAUUUUCCAGUCUACCCGCUUCCAAGGAUAUCGAUUUGGCUGACAUGGCUCUGCCACCGGGUGUGUCCAUCACAACCAUUACCAGAUCCAACCAGCAGGUGCCAACGCGGACGCUCGGGGAGCUGUUUGGAUCCCAGCGCCCCUUGCCGCCUCUGAACCCUCCCAAGCAACCAAAGUCACAAGCAAAGGGGACCGCGAUAGACUUUUACCACCCGGAGCCGACAAAUGCGCGUACCAAUUGCUACUUCAAUACGAAGCUGUCCUCCGGAUACUAUCUCGAUUACAGCAACGCCAUUCCCUCGUACCAAGCCGUGCCGAAGCAGCGCGAACGCGCCGAAAGCUUGGCCGGAAAGAAGCCAUCGAUGAGCGAACUCGAAAUGUCAGAGGUCGAGUCACUCUUCCGCGGCGCCUUUUCUACCUUUGCGCCUUGCAAGGAUGACUCGGCCGCCGUUGUGCCCUCGAGCGUCGCUGGCCGCAUCUGGUGGCAGCGCUCCGGCCAACAAAUUUUUGAACGCAUGCUGGAUGCCGACUACUACGGAGACAAGCAAAAUAAGGAAGCGACAUCCAUAUCUGCGGCUGAUGAGAUUGACGAGGCUGCCAUCCAGGAUGCCAUUGAUCACUGGGACGAGACAGCCGUUGACCCCUCAUUAGACGAGGUGAUGGGCACCCAAAGCAAGGCAGACGAGGAUGCCGACGAUAUUCUUGGAGAAGUCUCGGAUCUGAUCGAGACAUUGGCAUCCUACCAGCGCAUCCGUAAUCUUACCUUGCCCAACUCGCAGAACAGACAGUCUACCGACCCCGUCACCGGCGACAUGCUGGCCACCUCGGGCCCAGAGCCGUCUGAGGACGAGGUGCUCACGUACGAGGUUCUCAAAUCUCAACUGGCACUGAUCAUCAAAACGCUACCGCCCUUUGCUGUUGCCAAGUUAAACGGAGAUCAGUUAGAUGAUCUUCUCAUCAGCACUAAAGUACAAGUACGUACUGACGACUACCACGGCACCAUGGAGGAGGACGAAGCUGGUGUACAAGCUCGCCUCCGAGCUCAACAGCACCAGCAACAACAGCAACAGCAACAACAAGUUGUCCAGAGCGCUCGCCAGCCACCGCAGCGUACCCCGAGCACUGGAGGGCAAUAUGCAACCCAGUACGCGGCCGCCGCGCAAUAUGGCACACCUGGCCGCACACCACAGCCGCAGCAAUAUUAUCGACCAGGCUCCCAGCAUGGCUUCCUGCCGCAGCGUAAUGCGACACCGCAGCAGCCUCGUCCGACGCAGCCUAACCAGUACACUCGGCCAAACGGUUACGCGGCUAAUCAAUACGCUACGCAGCUGGCUAAAGCCCAGACACCAUACGGACACCAGAACAUGCCGCAAUACGCAAACCAACAACGACAGCAGUUUGCCCAGACACCACAGGUGCAGUCGGGCCUGCCCAACACGGCAACCUACCAGCAAUACCAGCCCCCGCAGCAGCAGGGUGUCGUACCACAGGCUAAUUAUCCGGGGUAUACAAACGGUACACCUCAACAGCACGGCCCGCACCCUCAGGCGCAGCAGCAGAGGCAAAUGUACAGCCAGUCUCCUAACAUGCAGACUCAGCAGCGGUUCGCAACCCCAACCCCCCAACCCGGCCCGGCCGGUCAAGGAGCUGUACGGUACGCGCCCGUCGCGAACCAGCCGGCGGGGUACAGCCAGUCGCCCGGCCUCACGGGUUACCACACGGUGAUUUCCGAGGCGCAGCAGCAGCGCAUCCUGGAGCAGGCCAAGGCGCGCGUCGCCGCUGGCGGCCAGCCCGGAGGCUUCUCCAACGCCGCCCUGACGGCUGCCCGCGCGAGCAUCGCCAACCAGUCGAAGCCACAGACACCAACUGGGCAGAGGGCCAGCACCCCGGUGCUGCCUCCGCACAAGGUGACGCCCGUGCCUGUGCCUCCCAUUCCUGGCACCGCCGCUCAGGCGCCGCCGCAGUAA